AUGCCAACCGGAUACGAUGAGCUCUCUACCCUUAUGGGCACUUUUCCUGAACUGAUGGCGUUUCGGCAAUUUAGAUCCUUAGUUGCCAAAGUUCUUCUCCGCAUGCAAGCAGAGCUUCUUGAGGUUGAGGAUGAUUUGGACGUGAUUAAAGAAAUCGAGCGGGAAGAUCCGACAAAACACGAGCUUCUCUCGUCCUGGAAAAAGGCUAAUACAGCCACGUCAGAGAAUGGGGCUGAUCAGCGAAGGCUGAAUUUGCAAGUGGCACAAUCUAAGCUGGAAAAAUACUAUUCAUUUACCCUUCAGGUCAAUCAAGUGUUCAAACUCAGCAGGCCUAGCCGUCACAACUUCAGAUCACUCAAAAAUUGGCUGAGCAGUGUGGAAGGAGGAAAUCAUUUCCUCGCCAGAGCUGGAAUCGAGGCGACAGCCUGGGAUGAAAAGAACUUCGAAGAUUUGCUUGCUAUCAAGCCGCAGGACGACCUGCUGGCGCAAUGGCUUCUCGACAAGAUCCUUCCCACAUACCACCGACAUAUUGGGCAUCGAUAUCACAAGAAAAUUGACGGUGAUGAUUUUGGAGAUCUCUGGCACUACAAAUACGGUACAUUCGUCUUUCUGGGCAAUUUUCUUUGUGUUCUGCUUUCGUCGUUGUUACCGUCGGGCUGCAUCUUCGCUCUGUUCUACGCUCAUAGGAUGCUCAUACGGCUCAUCCUGACAACCUGCUUCACUGUCACCUUCUCUAUCGUGAUGACGUUUGUGGUCCAAGCUCGUCGACAAGACGUCUUCGCCGCGGCUCUGGCUCUUGCGGCGGUCCAAGUGGUUUUCGUUGGGAGCGUUAGCAGCAUAGGUGAGCAGACGUUUAAUUGA